AUGAAGGUUGUCCAGGAUGUUAUCUAUGUCAAACAAGCUUUGAUAUUGAAGGAAGCUAAGCAUCUAUACAAGAAACUUAUUAGCGAGGAUCCAACGGAGAGUUUGUAUCUGAUUCACAUUAUCCAAAGGCUUGGCAUUGAACACCAUUUUGAAGAGGAGAUUGAAGCUGCUCUUCAAAAGCAAUAUUUGAUAUGGAGCAGCCAUCUCAGUGAUUUUGACAAUACUCAUCAACUCUGUGAAGUUGCACUUACAUUCCGCUUGCUGAGACAAGGAGGUCAUUAUGUUAACGCAGAUUUAUUUCACAGUUUGAACAGUGACAAAACAAAGUUCGGAGAAAAAUAUGGUGAUGAUGUGAAGAGUCUCAUUGCCCUGUAUGAAGCAACCCAGCUAAGUGUUGAAGGAGAAGAUAGUCUUGAUGAUGUAGGAUACCUCAGCUGCGAUCUUCUACGCUCAUGGCUGUCAAGACACCAAGACCAUCAUGAAGCUAUAUAUGUUGCAAACACUCUUCAGAAUCCGCUUCAUUAUGGCUUGUCAAGAUUCUUGGAUAGAAGCAUCUUCCUAAGUGAUUUCAAAACCAAGAAUGAAUGGACCUGUUUAGAGGAACUUGCUAACAUCAAUUCCUGCAUAGUUAGGUUCAUGAACCAGAAUGAAAUUACUGAAGUUUACAAAUGGUGGAAAGAGGUUGGAAUGGGGAAGGAGGAGAAGUUUGCAAGGUAUCAACCUCUUAAAUGGUACACGUGGCCUAUGGCAUGCUUCACAGAUCCACGCUUUUCAGAGCAAAGGAUUGAGCUCACUAAAACUAUCUCUCUAAUCUACGUUAUUGAUGACAUUUUCGAUGUUUAUGGGACAUUAGACCAGCUUACUCUAUUUACAGAUGCUGUUAACAGAUGGGACCUAUCGGGUACAGAGCAACUUCCAGACUUCAUGAAAACUUGUUUAAGUGUUCUUUAUGACACUACCAAUGAUUUCGCGGAAAAGGUGUACAAAAUGCAUGGUUUGAACCCUAUAGAUACCUUAAAAAAAUCGUGGGUGCGAUUAUUGAAUGCUUUCUUGGAAGAAGCACAUUGGUUGAAUUCUGGUCAGUUGCCAAAGGCAGAGGAGUACUUGAACAAUGGAAUUGAUAGCACAGGAGUGCAUGUUGUACUUGUCCAUGCAUUCUUCCUAUUUGAUAAGGGUAUAACUAAGGAAUCUGUUGCUAUCAUGGAAAAAGGGAUUCCAAAUAUUAUAUAUUCAGUGGCAAAAAUUCUUCGUCUUUCUGAUGAUUUGGAAGGAGCUGAGAGUGAAGAUCAAAAUGGUCUUGAUGGGUCAUACAUUCAUUGCUUCAUGAAUGAAAACCAAGAAGUUUCAGCUCAAGACGCACAAAGGCAUGUUGUCCAAUUGAUUUCAAGUGAAUGGAAACGUCUCAAUCGAGAAAUCCUGACCCCAAACUCAUUUUCAUCAUCAUUUAACAAUUUUUGCCUCAAUGCUGCAAGAAUGGUACCUCUAAUGUAUCAGUACCGUAGAAAUCCAAGCCUCUCCAUUCUACGGGAACAAGUCAAGUCACUGCUUAAUGUUUGUGCUGGGCACAUAUAG